UCUGUUGCAAAUAAAAUUUAAUCUCUCCACAAGACUCUUUUUGUCGACUUAUUAACAGAUUUGUGCAUUUGAUUGAAGGUUAAUUUCAAAAGUUAAUUGUCUUCUAACAUGGCUACAACGGAAGGUGCUAUUGACCCUAAUGAUGUCCGAUUGAAACAAUUGAGAAUUAAAACUGGUGUGCUGAAAAGGCUACACAAGGAACUAUUAUGCUAUGAAAAGGAAGCAACUGAUGAAACAACUAAACUAGACGGUUUAAAGUCUGAGAAUGCUCAUCCGAAAGAAAUAGAACAUCAAGAAACUAUUCUGAAAGAAACCUUGAAUAUGAUACCAGGAUGUAAGCAAAGAUUUGAGGUAGCUUAUGAGGAUUUAAAAUCACUCGUUCUGGAAUCCGAAGAGCUAUGCGAUACAGAACUAUAUAAAGGAGCUCAGGGACUACUUAAUACCAUUCGAAUUUAAAGCCUGCUCACCAGCUCACCAGCAACCAGUACUUCACUUCUUUAAACCCAGAUUUGUAUAAGUUUUGAACAUGAUUUGUUAUUCAGUAUUUACUACAAUAAAAAUCUAAAAAAGCUAA